GCACGUGAAAAGAAUGGAUUGUCUGGUAAACAAUAGAUGAGUGAGACCUCGCGAACGAUCUGCACUACUGAAUGUGAUAUUGGUGGUGCAGGAGUGAGUGGGUCUAUUCAGAUAAAGACUGACUAUCACGGAACCAUUUGAGAAAUGUUCGACGAACUUUCUUGUGGAGUAUAAACCGUAAAAGUGGUAAAGGUUUGUGAGUGUGCUAAAGAAAGCCUUUGUUGUACCACGCUUAUAACCAAUAACGAUACGAUGUUCAGUUGAGCCCUCGAUUUCGAAACCUUCGACGACGGGACCUGCACGAACGUCUACUUGGUUGAGAAUGCGUUGAUAAAUAUCUAAAGUGUUAUUUGAAGCUUUCUCCAAGAAGAGAGGAUCAGCGACUGUCCUUAUAUUGACAUCGCCGUUAGUUGAGAUAGUCUCUGGAAGUUUGCACUUUGCGAGGAAAUAACAUCUAAGAUGUGACGAUCUGUAUGUUUCCAUUCUCCAGUGAGCAUCCUUGCUGUUGAAAUAUUUACUGUCGAUGAUUUCUUCUACGUUGCUACCUGAUUUUGGAGAAUGUAUGAAGAUAGCGUCAUUCUCGCGUUCCUUUUGGAGAUCGAUAUCAAGUGACUUAUCUGGACGAUGUUUUGUAUAAGCAACUAACUUUGCGGCGUAUAAUGAUAUGAUAUGAUCAGAGAUCGUGUCUACAGUUUCUAACUUAAAGUAGGUGUCAUCAAUGCCCAAACUGGUGUAAAACCAGUUGACCUCGUUGUCUACCAAAUUGCUAGGAAUGAAGCCUUUCUGUUUGAGGUUAUCUAUAACUAAUUGACAUUGUGCGUCUUUAUCCUUAUAUACAGUAUCCCUAUAUCCAGCGUCGUUCUUGAGCUUAUUGAGUGCCAAGUCACUAUUGGACUUCUGCAAUGGGGAAGGCGUGGAGGGAAUAAAUAAGUGUGGAGUUUGAGAUUUCAAUGCGCUUGUCAUUUCCGAUGAUUGUUGUAAGAAAGAAAGGAAUUGGAGUGUCUCGGUGAUUAUAAACCAAAUGCGUGAUAUCGCUAAAUGAUAUAAGACGAGAAGCCGUUCGAACCGAGGCAAGAUGAUUCAGAAGGAUGAAGAAGAUUGAUAGAGAUAAUUUAUAUUUUACUAUCUUAAUUUAUCAGAUCUCUAGAAAUACACCCACCACGUUCCUCAUCUCUUCGAAUUUGUCCGCCAUCUGGAAAUGCUUAAAAUAUUUUCAAAUAAAGCAUUGAAACUGCUACCAAACCAACCAGUCAGGAGUAAGAACUAUAACAAGACGAUUACCUUAAACGGCAAGUCAAUAAAGAAGCCGAAUAAGAUUCCUUCGACUGCAAAAGUAGAACCAAAGGUUUAUUUGGCAAAUGAGAGGACUUUUAUUUCUUAUUUGAAUGUCUCUGUUUUGUUGCUGACUUUGGCCUUGACGAUGUACAAUACGUCGUCAGACAAUCUCACUAGGUGGUUUAGCGGUGUCUAUAUAGCUAUAUCAUUAGCUAUCAUCAUUUACAGCUAUAUUAUAUACAAUAAAAGAUUGGAAAUGAUAAACAACAAAUCUAGCAGUCAUUUCGAUCAACUUGCCGGUCCAUUGUUCAUCUGCGCAUCUUUAUUCUUAUCAAUUAUUUACAAUUUCUACAUUAGAAUUCCCUUUUAAAUAUAUUGAAUCUCUUCUUAUUCCUGUUGUCAACCUCAAUAGGUGGAUAUUCAUUCAGCAACCAUUUAAAUUCUUCCUUUAUCAAUCCGUUGUAGUAUUCUGGACUCACACACCAUGGUGGCCCUGUAGCUCCUUCCCCUUCAAUCGGUCUAUCUUCAAUUGGGAAUACUAUAGAUAACAACAAUCCACCUGGUUUCACUAAUUCUGCCAUUCGCUUUUUAUACUCUUGUCUUUUAUUAGGAUUCAAUGCACAAAAGAAUGUCUACCAGUUUGUUAGUUGUGUCUUUAUUGUAAGCUACACCAACAUAGUCGUAAACGACGUCAUAUUGUCCGAUAUCGCAAGUGAAGAAGUCAUCACAGAUGAAGGAUGUCUUUCCAUUCAAACCUUGCUUACUGUACCAUUCUUCUGCCAACCUGAUGCCUUCUGGAGAGAGAUCUAAGCCUACUGUUUCAUAGCCGAGACUGCCGAAGUAGACUGCAUCGUAGCCUUUUCCACAACCAGGGAUUAAAACUCUCACACCCUCCUUUGCUGGUGGAAGAUCUACCUUAUUAUUCUCUAUAUAAUGUCUCAACAAUGGCUGAACUUGGCCGUUAUCCCAUGGUGGCGAGUCAGUCAACUUCCAGACCGCUUCCCAGCCGAGAUCACCAUUCUCUUUCAUUAUUUUCUGCCUUAGGUAACACAUAAGCGAUGCAUUUUGAAGUUUAAAUCCUUACAUUGCCGCUCUGUCUGUCAUUUUCGCUUAC